GGCGAGAUUUGCAAAUUUGCAAAAUUGAAAAAUUGAAAAAACAAAAGUAAACUUGAAUUUUUUCAUUUAUAAAUCUUAUAAUUCAAUAUUCACCUAAUGCCAUAAAUCAUAAGGAGAGCAGUUGACAAGCGUUUUAUCAAGAUGGAUCCAAUAGCCAGGCCACAGCCAAAGCCUGAGGUGUUCCAGUUCGGCCCUUGGACAGUAACGUCACAGAAAAGUCACAUACUGAAAUCAGAGGGGGAAAAGAGAGAAAAAUUUGAAUCUGAUCUUGCUCCAUUACCACAAUUUCCUGAGAUGAUUUUUGCUGACAAUGUUAUCCGUGUUCAACAUGAGGGGAAAUUUGGUAUUGAAUUUAAUGCUCUAGAUGCACUGCGAUUGGUUGAUGCAAAGAAUGACCUCAUGAAAGUGGCUGUAGCUGCCGAGUGGCAGGAAGCAAGGGCAGAGUCUGACAUUAAAGAAGUCAUCAACCCAUUUGACUGGACAUUUUCAACUAACUAUAAAGGGACAACAUUAGGAGAUAUAAAGAUUACUGAAACAACAGAAAGAAUAGAUAUGGAAAAACUCAAGGUUCGAGAAAAAAUCCAUUUUUUUAGUGAUCUUGUAUUGUAUGAAGAUGAACUAGCGGAUAAUGGCUGCUCUCUACUCAAUGUAAAAAUUAGAGUAAUGCCUUCAAGUUUUUUUAUUCUGAUGAGAUUUUAUAUGAGAGUAGAUGGGGUCCUUAUUCGAACCAAUGACACAAGAGUUUAUCAUCAGGCUGGGUCCAAUUAUAUGCUUAGAGAAUAUACAAGUAAAGAAAGUAAAAUGUCAGAUUUAAAGGUUGAAGGCCACCUUCUGACAGACACCAAUCUAAUUGGAGAACAUUUAAAACUCACACAUGAACAGUUUGAGAAAUUAGAAUUUCCAAUUAACAAUGCUAGUAAUGCUACCUGACACAGAAGGAACAAUCCUAGAAUUCCAGGUUACCACAAGCAGACCAAGUACAGCAGUGAAUGACAUGUUCCAGGUGGCAUUGAUUGGUCCUGAUCAUGUGACCUACCUUUAAGUGGAAUAUUGAAUGAUGAAAACUGUAUUGAGCUAACCCAUGAUAAAGGGCACAAUAACAAUGAUUUAAGAUUUAGUCUAAAAUAAUAUAAUUUCAAAAAACAGUAAAACAUAAAUGAUGAUGUUUUCAUCACAGCAAAGCACAUCAGAUCAAUGGAUCGAUAUGUCAGGCCCGUAGCCAGAAUUUGCCAAGAGUGUCCACUUUUUACGAUUCCAUAGGGGUUUCGUUUUUAACAACUUUGGCCUCAAAAUAGCCAGAAUCGCUUGAAAAUGUCUCAGGAUGGUGCAAAACUGCUUGAUUUUG